GGCUAACCCAGCUACACUAAUCGCGAUGGUAAUCACUUGAUGAGUAUUACAAGAGAAGGCACAGGCACCAGCUCGUACCUGGUUUAGAGCCAUGGGCUCCUUGUACUGCGACGCCGCCGCCUCGCCGACCAUCUCCAGCACCGGAAGCAGCACCGGCAGCAGUGGCAAUGUCGCCGGCGUUGGCGGCGACGGCGACGGCGACGGCGACGGCAGCGUCAAGAUAUACGCGUGCUUCGCGCUCGGCAGCUCCAACAGUCUCGAGUGCUACGAGCCUGGAGCCAACACGUGGCGCCGCGUGGGCGCGCUCCCCGGCGUCCCCGACGGCCACAUACUGAAGGGGUUCGCCGUGGCGACGCUGGGCGAGUCCGUGUACGUCAUAGGCGGCCGGCUCUGCCGGAGGGAGCGUGGAGCCGCGGCCGGCGGCUACCGCGACGCCGACGUCGGCGUGAGGGCAGACGUACUGCGGUACGACGCGCGCCGGGGGGAGUGGCACCACUGCGCGCCGCUCCUGGUCCCGCGGUUCGACUUCGCGUGCGCUCCGUGCCGGGGCAGGAUCUGCGUGGCCGGCGGGCAGCGCUCGCUGUCCGGCGCCCGGGGCACGGCGGCGGCCGAGGUGUACGACGCGGAGAAGGGGCAGUGGUCGGCGCUCCCCGACAUGAGCACGCUGCGCUACAAGUGCGUCGGCGUCACGUGGCAGGGCAGCUUCCACGUCGUGGGGGGCUUUGCGGAGAGCGCGCUGACGGCCUGCGACACCUCCCUCCUGGCGCCCGGCGGAGCCACCGCCGUGCUGCAGUCGUCGGCGCUGGAGCGGAGCUCGGCCGAGGUGUUCCACUGCGCGAGGGGCACGUGGGAGAUCCUCCCGGGGAUGUGGCAGCUCGACGUGCCCCCGAACCAGAUCGUGGCGGUGGCCAACAGGCUGUUCAGCUCCGGCGACUGCCUCACCAGCUGGAAGGGACACGUCGAGGUCUACGACGGCGAGCUCAACAUCUGGAGCAUCGUGGACCACUCCGCCCUGCCCGACCUGUCGCUGCUCGCCAGUCUCCCGUCUUCAGCUCAGCGGCUCUACCUCACCAUGGCCGUCGUCGGCACGCAGCUCUAUUUCCUCGCCGGCUACCAGGUGCCGUCGGGCGACGACAGCUUCCGAACAGUCUCGCUAGUGCACAGCUUCGACACCAGCGCUGCACCGGGGCUGGCGCCGGCGUGGAGCAGCUUCCGGCCCGAGAUGAGUCACGAGGACGCCGAGGACGGCGGCAAGGAGCUGUUCAGCCAGUGCUGCACGGUGCAGCUCUCCAACUAAUCGUAAUUACAGAAUUACAGUCUCAGUCUUCCAAUCCAAUCACAGCAUAUGCAUCAUGGUUCUGAAACUUUUCUGAUCACAGCAUCAUGCAUUGUGUCUCAUCUACAGACUUGUGCUCCUGUGGUGAAUCUGUUUGAUACUUUGAUCCAUACAAAACAAUCUGCAUGAGAAAAUGUGGCCUGUCUUCUUUAGUUCUUUCUGAACUGAAAUGGACUGGUAAUUCAUAUA